AUGAGGGGGCACAGGUGCAGCCAGCCAUCACCAGUAGCUCAGCACGAGGAUCAACCUGCAUUUCCCUACUUGCAGGAGGUUGUUGCGCGCCACCAGCACACCGUGGCCAACUUCAAACACUGGAUAAGUGACGCCCUGGGCAGGCUGCAGGCGGCGCACCUCAGCCCCCCCGCCCUGCUAAAGCUCAACCCCCUCUUGGGCAGCGCCGCCAGCCCCGCCCUCAGCGUGGCGUGGGUCGAGCCGCCCGCCGCCCCCGCCUCCGCCUCCAGGCAGAGAAGACCCGCCUCCACCCCCGGGCCCUCCCGCUCCCCCACCUCCUCCUCCUCCUCCUCGACCUACCCCUCGGAGCUGCCCGGGGAGAGAAAGGCCAACCAGCAGCACGUGUGCCCCCAGUGUAGCGACACCUUCCCCCUGCCCGUCAUGCUGGCCAUGCACUCGCUCAACCACGUGGAGGAGCGGCCCUUCACCUGCCCCUACCCGAGCUGCCACUACAACUCCGUCAUGCGGGGCAACGUGAAGCGCCACAUCCGCAUCUCCCACUCGCACCACACCUUCCCCGGAUAA